GAGUUCGACAAUUUAACCCUCAGAAGAUUUUUACGUGCAUGCGAUCUCGAUGUCAAGAAGGCUUCUACCUUCCUCCUGAAACACCUGAAAUGGAGGCAAUCAAUGAUUCCAAAUGGUUUCAUCUCAGAAGCAGAGAUCCAGUAUGAGCUUUCCCAGAAGAAGGCAUUUUCUCAGGGAUUCGACAAGAUGGGGCGCCCUAUAGGAGUUAUCAUUAAUGCUAGACAUAAUGCCUCUAAAAGAAAUAUGCAUGAGUUUAAGUGUUUUGUUGUGUAUGUUAUGGACAAGCUAUGCGCCAGAAUGGCAGGAGGUCAGGAGAAGUUCUGCAUCAUUGGAGAUUUUCAGGGCUGGGGAUUAUCGAACUGUGACAUUCAGGGGUUCUUUGCAGCUCUAAGUAUCUUUCAGAACAAUUACCCAGAAAGGCUUGGCAAGGCGCUUAUGGUCCAUGUGCCAAAUAUAUUCAUGAAGGCAUGGAAGACAAUAUACCCAUUUAUUGACAGCAAUACCAAAAAUAAGUAUGUGUUUGUUGAUGAGAAGAAUUCGAAGGACAAACUGUUGGAAGAGAUCGACGAGAGCCAACUUCCAGAGAUAUAUGGUGGGAAGCUGCCACUGGUUCCCAUUGAAGAGUCCAUCUAGUUCACCUCAACUAACUUGUCUUGCUUUUUCCCUGAAGUUGGUCUCCAAUUCUAGAUGGGAUGUAGCAAAUAAAAAAGUUUUAUUGUAUCAAAAGCCAUAGUUUAUGCUCUCAAGAUGUCGACACACACUUAUAGAAGUAAUGAAAUAUGAAAAAAAAUUCUACACUCUGUGUUACCAUCA